CGAUAAAAUUUUAUGCAGCUUCCUCUAUCCAUCCUAAUCUAAUUUUUGAGUCUUCCCACAAACUCCAUGCUUUCUCUACUCCACUCAAGACUUCGGUGACUUCUGUUCGUUAAACUGAGUCUUGCUCACCUCAUUAUCCCAAGGAAAAAUAUUAUUGGGCUCCACAUCCUCAAAACAAACAGUUUCUUUUCUUUUUUAACCAAUUCUUGAAUUUGGCUCCCUUGCUAUAUAAAUCCAUCUGCCGAAUGGUUUUCUUCAGAACUUCGACACUAUCACUCCACGAAACCUGACAUACCCAAAAGCUAGCCGAAAAGAAUUGUUUUAAGAAAAUGUCUGUGUUUCAAUUUCCCACCCUUUUGUUACAAACUUUGGAACGUGAUUUUCUCCUCAACCCAAUUUUGUCGCGUAUCUUCACUGGCUUUCUGCACCUGGUUUUGUUACUGAUCGUAUUUAUAUCAUGGGUAUGCAAGAAAAUCAGUAGUAAUGAUGAUGAAAGCCAGAAGCAGAGUGUUAGGCACAAUAGGCUCUUACAUUAUAAACCAACACUGAUUUCAUGCUUGGUUUUUUCAUUGUUUAAUCUUGUUUUAUGCAUAUUGAACAAUUUUUAUUGGUAUAGAAGCGGCUCAUCUGAUGAAAAGAUUCUCACUUCACUGGAUUUGGGAAUAAAAACAUUAGCCUGGUUAGCCCUCUAUGCUUACUUGCAAAGCCAGUUCAAGAAAUCAGGUGAACCUAAGUACCCACUGAGUUUAAGACUCUGGUGGGUGCUUUUCUUCUCUGUUUCUUGUUAUUGCCUAGUGAUAGAUCUUAUUUAUUACAAAAAGCACCAAACUUUAUCUACUUUGUUUUGGGUAUCUGAUAUAACUUCUCUUUUCAUGGGUUUAUUCUUCUGUUAUGUGGGGUUUUGGGGCAAGAAAGAGGACAGAGAUAGCCUUCUUCAAGAACCCCUUUUGAAUGGCAGUGCUACCAAUGGUAGAGAGUCGAGUAAAGCAAUCAGGGGGGAUGAAACUGUAACUCCUUAUGCGAAUGCUAGUAUUUUUAGUAUCAUCACUUUCUCCUGGGUAGGUCCUUUGGUUUCUCUCGGAUUCAAGAAAACAUUAGACCUCGAGGAUGUCCCUCAGUUGGCCAUUUUCGAUAGUGUAAGAGGGGCAUUUCCAAUUCUAAAUAAUAAUUUGGAGUCUGAUAUUGAAGGAAGUAAUAGGGUGACCACACUUAUGCUUGCAAAAGGAUUAAUUUUCACAACCUGGAGGGAAAUUUCUCUAUCUGCUGUCUAUGCGCUUGUGUAUAAUUUGGCGUCUUAUGUAGGUCCAUACCUAAUUGAAGACUUUGUUCAAUACUUAAAUGGACAACAAGAAUUUGAAAAUGAGGGCUAUGUCUUGGUUUUUAUUUUCAUCAUUGCAAAGAUGUUUGAGUGCUUGUCAAUGAGACACUGGUUCUUCAAGGUGCAGCAGGCUGGAUUUAGGGCCAGGGCGGCAUUAGUUGCCAAAAUCUACAACAAGGGACUGACCCUUUCGUGCCAAUCAAAGCAAGGGCAUACCUCUGGGGAGAUUAUUAAUUUCAUGUCAGUCGAUGCAGAAAGAAUUGGAGAAUUUGGUUGGUAUAUGCAUGAACCAUGGACGGUGAUUUUACAAGUCGGCUUGGCAUUGGCAAUUUUAUAUAGAAAUCUUGGGCUAGCUUCUCUCGCUACACUUGUUGCUACUAUUCUGGUGAUGCUAGCAAAUGUUCCCCUGGGAAAUUUACAAAAAAAAUUUCAGGACAAACUCAUGAAAUCAAAAGAUAAAAGAAUGAAGGCAACUUCUGAAGUCUUGAGGAGCAUGAGGAUUCUCAAGCUUCAAGCUUGGGAGAUGAAGUUUCUGUCUAAAAUUCUCGAGCUUAGGAAUUGUGAGGCAGGAUGGCUGAAAAAAUAUGUGUAUACUUCAGCCCUUACCUCAUUUCUCUUUUGGGUUGCCCCUACAUUAGUGUCUGCGGUAACUUUUGGUGCUUGUAUGGUAAUGGGGAUCCCACUUGAAUCCGGGAAGAUACUGUCCGCACUUGCAACCUUUAGA